AGCUGAGUGGGUGAGGACGUGAGGUCUUAGCCUUCCUAUAUAUUCCCUCCCUCCUCCAUCCUCACCUCUCAUCACUUUGCUUUUCUUCUUCCUCUCCCACAUUCACAACAUGCACAGCAGCUCUCUCCUCCCCAGCUUGCUAGCUCUCCUCGCUGCAGUCGGCCUGGCCGCUACCCAUGCCGCCUUGCCUCCUCAGCUUUACUGGCACUCCAUCCUUCCCUCUACUCCCAUGCCUUCUUCCCUCUCUCACCUCCUCCUCCCUUUUGAUUGGAGGGAAGACAAAGGCACGUCGGUGGCCGUGGGAAAGGGCGGCGUCCACGUGGAUGCCGCAAAAGGAAAGCCCGGAGGCACCACCGUGAACGUCGGAAAAGGUGGCGUGAACGUACACGCGGGCAAAGGCAAACCUGGCGGCGGCACCACUGUCAACGUCGGCGGCAAAGGCGGAGGCGUUACCGUCAACACACCCCACAAGGGAAAGCCUGUCCACGUUUAUGUCGGGAAGUCUCCUUUCAAUUACCAAUACGCUGCCACGGAGACCCAACUCCAUGAUGACCCCAACGUGGCUCUGUUCUUCUUGGAGAAGGACUUGAAACCCGGUCACAAAAUGAACCUCCAAUUCACUCAGAGCACCGACCAAACCUCCUUCCUUCCUCGCGAACUUGCCAAAUCAAUUCCCUUCUCCUCAGCCAAGUUCGAUGACAUAUUGAACAGGUUCGGUAUAAAGCCUGAGUCUGAAGAUGCAGAAGUGAUGAAGAACACGCUGAAGGAGUGUGAGCAAGCGGGUAUAAAAGGUGAGGAGAAGUACUGUGCGACGUCGUUGGAGUCGAUGGUCGAUUUCGCGACGUCCAAGCUCGGGAAGAAGGUGGAGGCGGUUUCUACGGAGGCGGUGAAGGAGACGAGGAUGCAGGAGUACACGAUAGCUCCUGGGGUGAAGAAGAUCGGGGAGGAGAAGGCGGUGGUGUGCCACAGGAAGGAGUACCCGUACGCCGUGUUUUACUGUCACCAGACGGAGACGACCAGGGCCUACACGGUGCCGUUGGAGGGGGCGGACGGGAUCAGAGUGAAAGCCGUCGCUGUUUGCCACACCGACACGUCUCAGUGGAACCCGAAGCACAUGGCGUUCCAGGUGCUCAGAGUGAAGCCUGGCACUGUCCCCGUCUGCCACUUCCUCCCUCAGGAUCAUGUCGUUUGGGUGCCCAAACACACUUAAAUUCUCUGAGCAGCUUUCCAUGUGAUUUGUGUUUGUCGACAGCCAUGGGCUAAGUUCGAUUGUUCCGAUACGGAACUCAAUCUUCGUAUAAUAACAGCAUGUCUUAUCGUAUAAUAAUCCUACUAUAUAUAGUACUACUCUGUGCAUGCUAUCUACUUGGUUACACGCACACUUGAUCAGGAUUCAGGCUUGUGUACAAAUUUGCAUGUGAUGCGUUAUGAACCAUGUAUAUGUUUUAAUAUAGUGAGGUUUUCAGACUCCCUCA